CUCAGCCCAUGAGCGAUGAUUGUCUCGGAACCUUUGAGGUGGGGCUCGCGAGCGGGGAGAAGCCUAAUUGCGGGAGGGACGAGGUGCGCCGCCGGAACUGUCCCCCCUUUCGGGACGACGCUGGGUGUCCGGGAAUCAGCGGCCGAAGAGAAAGACAUGUUCGCCUCGCGUGUUUGGAGCCGCCUUGGCAACCGGGUCGGAGGGUCUUCGCUCAGUCCUCAGCUAAUGUGGAACGUCCAGCACCGAACAAACCAUUGGCAGUCUUCGCUUCUUGGACUGAGGGCAGCUCUACCCAUGAGGGCAGAGCCGAGGAAGAAGAAGAAGAUUGAUCCAAAACUUGAACUAGCUGCAAAAGAGCGCCUGAAGAAGAAAUUAAGGAAACUGGAGAAAACCUCUCCAGAACUGAUACCCAUUGAAGAUUUUGAAACGCCCUUCAGCCUCAUGGAUGAAAAAAGGGUGCGACCCGAUUCUCCCCUCUCCUUUGAGGAAAGCGAAAGGCGGGCGCUGCUGUUGAAGAAGUGGACUUCGUACAAGCACCAGCAACACAAGGCCGAGAUGGAGACCAUCCGAUCCCUCAUGGACGCCCAGGCCCAGGCUUUGGAAGAGCUACGCCUCGAGUCUGAGGAACUCUACCAGGCGGCGACGCGGUGCGACGGACGCCUCUUUCCCUUCGAGAGGCAGGAACCCGUCUACUCGCCACCCCUACCAGACUACGAGGCCCCCGAAGGGAAAUGUGUGGAUGUCACUAAAGUAUACACUCAGUGAUUUGGAAGAUGAUCAAGGGCUCGCCGAAAGAUUCAUGGAAGGUUUUUUGGUGUCAUGCAGAUCUGGUCCUUUGCUGGUUUUGAAGUACUGGUUCUGUGGGGUCAUCUGAGAAAUCUUGAGUGGAACAAUAUAAUGGUGGGGGUAGGGUCCAUUUUGGGGAGGAGGUGUGUAAGCAGCUGCACGCCUGUUCUGUUGGAACAAAGACUGUCCUCUGGACUUUUAUAAAACCAUUCUUCUUGGAAAAGAAACGAAUGCAUGUACAUCAGUGGGGAAAUGCUAGAGUUUUACUAGGAUUUGUAAUCUUAUUCAGGACACUUAACAGUCCUCUAAAGCCGGGGUCCCCGACCCCCAGUCCACGGCCUGAUAGCGGGCUGUGGCCAUGGCAGGAUGGGGCCGUUGAGACAGAUCUCCCACGCACCCAUCUCUGGCCCAACGACCUGCACAGAUGCCCUGCGCACCCGUGCAUGUGCGCGAGCACACCCCUCACCUGCAAGCACGCCCCGCCACCUGCACAUGUGCGCCCCCCUGUGCAUGGACCUCGCCCCUCCCAGCCGGUUUACGGUUUGGAAAAGGUUGGGGACCACUGAUUGGCAGGAUUAGAUAACUAAAAUGGCUCGUGUGAGAGCAGAGGUGCAUAAGUCUUUGUAUUAUUGUUUUCCCAAUUAAAUUACUUAUACUA